CAUGGCUGGAGUUAUGCAAAGCUUUCGCCAACAGUGUGAACCAAGCAAUUGAUGGUUGCUGCGCCCAGAGUCUCCUCCCCUCAUGUCUCCUCGCACCAUGUAGUUGGUGUCCAAGUCCGACCCUGGUCAUGGCAGAGCCAAAGCGUCCGCGACUGGACCCAUCCCUCAACGCGUCACAUGUGCACCCUACGUUCGAACAGAGCCCAAACACCAGCUCGGUGACCCCAGGUGCCACCAUCACCGUCGAGUUCACCGGCAAACGUCGAUGGGGCUGCACGUACCCCGGGUGUGGUCGCAACUACUCCCGCGCCGAGCACCUUUAUCGGCAUCAGUUGAACCAUAACCCGAAAGAAAUCUACAAAUGCGAUUACCCAGGUUGUUCGCGCACCUUCGUGCGCAAUGAUCUCUGCCUCCGUCACAGGGAGCGCCAUGAUAAUCGUUCCAAACAAGCGGUGCCAAACCAAAAUCCUGGUCACGAGCCUCUCUCGCCCAAGUCUUCGUUCAGUGAUGGAGCGGACACCACAGCAUCACAUGUCUCAAAUAUCUUCGCAACCCCGAAGCCGCCCUCGAAUGGGGUGGUUUCGCCUGAAGCUGGGCGAGCCUCCUUCUCCGCACAGUCCCCCUACAGGGCCACUGAUCUACGCGCCAUAAUCCAGCAGACGCGCCCGGAAACACAUGUCACUACUCAAAACAAUGGCCACUUGCGGCAUCACAGCACUCGUAACGGCUCCCACGUCGACGCCGAACCCACGUCUCAAUACAUGGGCCAAGCAGAUGGUCGUCGGCCCGCGGCCGCAUCUCCGAACUCAUCCUCAUUAAUUCGACGGCCACAUAGUCUUGGGGAAGUCACAAUGGAGAAUGUCGACCCGGCGAUACUGAAUGCCGCAUCAACACAUUCUAACUCGGACUUGGCUCAACAGUCACGCGAUAGGCCAAGUGUAACCUACUCAAUUCCGAGCUUGGGAGACCAGCCUUUCAACGACUCUCCAGUAUCAGCUCGCGACGAAUUCACAGCUUGGCUCUUUGAUGAUGCAGCUGGUCUAAACACAGCACCGUUCACCUUCACGGGUCAACCAGUGCUAGGCUUCGGGAAUACCGCCGAAGUGGCCGGAAAUACAAUCUACUCCAACUAUUUCGCCGAUGCUGGGUUGGACAACGUCUUCCCUGAACUGAUCCAGCAGCCCCUUGGGGACGUUCCUGCAAAUGUCACUCAGCCUUCUGCAGACAGUAGCUUGUUGUCACACUCGAAGCGCCUGUCACUCGUGACGCUGAUGCGAGACCGCUUCAACGAAAAUGACAAUCCAUUCGUUAGAGGACUGAAGGAGGAAAUUUUCCAAGGCAAUAUGGACGCUGAUGAGCAUGUCUUGAGCAUCCGCUCAAUGCAGCAUUAUAUCGGUUCGUACUGGUAUCAUUUCCACGCUCAGUUGCCGAUUCUUCAUCAGCCUACAUUCUCGGCAGAGAAUAUUCACGAGUAUUUGCUCCUUGCAAUCAUGGCCAUCGGAGCUGCCAAUCUCAACAAAGCUCAUGGGCGACUGGUCACGGACGCAGCUUCGCGAUUAGCCAUGUUCAUCGCUUGGCACUUACGGUGGCAAGUCUUCAUGCAUAGCAACUUUCAUCCUCCCGCGGAGUUGUGGGUACUGCAAACACUGCUCCUACUGGAGGCAUACGAAAAGAUGAAUGCGACAAGGAUGUUGCAUGAGCGUGCUCACAUCCACCACGCAACCACGAUCAACUUAAUGCGCCGAGGCACAGCGCUCAUCGAGUCGGCUCAUCAGGACUCUGCCAGGGUACCAUCCACUCCUGACGAAUGGUGGUCUCGAUGGAUUACAGCUGAGGCCACACGCCGUGCAGCGUUUGCAGCAUUCUACCUUGAUGCCGUUCAUGCAACAAUGUUCGGGCACGCAGCCAUGAUGGUUGUUCAUGAGAUCCGCCUGCCUCUACCAUGCGAUGAUGCUUUGUGGUCUGCCACAUCAGCCGCCGAAGUCGGUAGAGUCGAAUCCAGCCUGCAUGCCAACGGCAUAAAGCCAACAACCUUCCUCGACGGCCUGAAAAAGACGCUGACAGGACGUAAAGUUCGAACGAACACUUUCGGACGAAUGAUACUGAUGGCCGGGCUGCUGUCCGUGUCUUGGCACAUGCACCAACGAGACUUGCAAGUGUCCAGCAUCGGUGUCACUCAGAGUAUGGGAGUUCCAGAUGGUUGGAGAAGUCCUCUCACAAAGGCUGUAGAAUGUUGGAAAAAGGAUUUCGACGAGAACGCCGAGCACAUGCGCAGAGCGACACUGCCAUGGCAACAGGAGGCUGCCAGUAACGGGCAAGACGACAUGACAACCACAGCGGAUGUUCUUUACCAUCUGAGCAACAUGGCCAUGCACGUUGAGUGCUGGGACUGUCAGAUCUUCGCCGGUAUAAAACGACUGUUCGGACGAAAAGUGACCAAGCCCGAGUACGACAGGGCUAAAGCCAAAAUAUUCGAUUGGUGCAGGGGCCCCGGUGCGAAGGUCGCGGUAUAUCAUGCUUUGCAGCUUCUAAGGUUGGUGCUGUUGCCUGAUAGGGAUGGUUCGAGAAAGCCAUAUAACGCUCGUGACGAUUAUCUGCUUAUGCGUCCAUGGGCGUCAUACUAUGCGGCGCUUGUUGUUUGGUCAUACGGAUUCGCCAUGGACGGCGUGCUUCGAGCAUUCCCAAGUUUGCUCCAAACUGCUCCAUCACCAGGAACUGGGGCAAACACGUCCCAUGGCUCCGGCACUUCUAUGCUGAAUAUGGCGCAUGAUGGUAGCGAGAUCCAGAUCGAAGUUGCGGCCAGAAAUGCUGAGGGCUUCUUGCAAACUGUUGGUGCAAUCAAGUCACCGCAACAACUCGACUCGGUCAAAGAUGGCAGAAAUAAUGUGGUCGGAGUUUUGGCGGUCCUUGAGGCAGCCUUUCGCGAUUCGAGAUGGGAAUUGUUACACGAGGCCGCUGAACUUCUUCGGAACGCCAUCACGUUGUUGAGAGGUGCUGAUAGGUAAUAACACCUACUCCGUCCACCAUACCUGAACGUUGUCCGUGGAUGUGCCCGAUGCCAUCUGUAUGGGAUUGAGGCAGUAGUAAGGACGAUUCGCGGCAAUGCUUUUAUCCUUCGGCCGAGGAUUUUCGCGCAGCCAGACCCAGGUCAGAGCGUGAAAUUUCGCGGGGCAACAGAGGCGGGGAUGAGAGACCUAGAGGGCUUUUGCCAGGCACAUUCACCCCCAAAGGCCUCACUGAACCCCCACGUUUGGCUGAUGGGGGGCUACGACAUCAUUGUUUCGCUCAUCUUCG